GAAGUAGGAUCAUCCUUUGUAAUUUACGUAGGCCAUUUCACACUUGCAUAUGUGAUGAUUUUGUCGCCCGACAAAGGAUUUGAAUGCAUGACUAUAAACUAGACGGGCGGGCUUCCAACGAAUUAUAUGUCUUGAUCAGACAGAAACAGAGAGCACCUUCAGCGACUGUUCAGCAGAAUCAUCAGCAAUCUCUCUCUCUCUCUCAGCAGUCUUGAAGAUUUUGCUCAAGAAACCGAACACACUCCUUUCUCCAAUUCUACGUGCCCAAGAGCUGAACCAUGAAACCUCUGCAACUUCUUCUUUCCUCAACUUGGAAUAAUCUCAAGCAAAGGCCAUGCUUGUAUCCUUACCAAUUUCAGCGGGGACCUCAGCGGUGCGCUGGUGGUUUUUAUCAACAAUCUAGAAAAGUUAUGGACCUGUCAGGUUUGACUGUUAUACCUUUGCCUAAUUCUUCAAGGAGAAUCGACAAAAAGAUUGUAGAGACUGAUUGUCAUGCUAAACGACUUCUUUCAGGUUAUCAAUCGAUAACAGAAGUAUCACAUAAGUGUAACCCUGAAAGUGAUUUUUUGUCCUUCAUCAACUCCACUUUAGAUGAGAUUGAAGGACCCUAUCAUUGUUGGCUAAAUACAUUCAGGGAAAACAAGGACUCCUUCAAGAGGGGUGCAGCCUUAUUGGUUUUUGCUGGACAGUUCCUCGAUGGUUCGAUAAAUGGCUCCAAUUCUUCCUGGAUGCUAGAACAAGCAAAGUCACUUCAGCAAAGGUUCCCUCAGCUCCAUAUAAUGGGUUUCCAGUGUGGCAGUUCAGUUUUUUCUUCUGUUGAUCGAAGUCAUGUAGUUCAGCUAAUAAUGAAUGAAUACAUCACAUUUCCUAUUUUAUUGUCAAACAAGAUGUUUCCUGAGGUGGCAAAUGUGCCAUGUUACAUUCUAUUCAAAGAUUCUAGGAGUCAUGUAUUUUACCAUGAGAAGGGCCAGGAUAUUGGAAUUCUUAACAAAGCUGUUGAGGAGUUAGGUAUUGAAAAAGACAAGUCUAGGUUGGUCCAUUACAUGAAAAGCACUUGGUCCAGGCAUGCUGAGGUCACUAAGGAGCCGUAUUUAUGUUCUUUUUCACGGAAUUUGCUGCUUAACUUCCCAGGGUGCAUCUCUGCAGAUGAGAGUGGCAAUCGCCUCUUCCUUUCAGAUGCCAAUCACCAUCGGAUUAUUGUCUUUGAUGGGAAUGGAAAGAUUCUUGACUGUAUUGGUUCCUCCCCUGGUUUUGAGGAUGGAGAAUUUGAGACUGCCAAGUUGGUCCGUCCAGCAGCUUCGUUUUAUCAUGCUGUUGAGGAUUGCCUGUAUUUUGUGGAUUCAGAGAACCAUGCCAUCAGGAGAGCUGAUUUGGGAAGUCGAGUUUUAGAGACACUCUAUCCAACAAGCAACAAUGAUAAGAAGGGUAAUUCCUCAUGGACCUGGAUCAUGGACAUGCUGGGUCUGGGAAGAAGUGUUGAUACAAAAUCCGAAGAAUUUGAUUCCAAUUCCCUGAUGUUCCCUUGGCAUCUAAUGAAAUCAAUAGAUGAUAGUUUUUUAAUCAUAAACCGUAGCUUUGAUACUCUAUGGAUCAUGGAUAUGGCUUCAGGGAAGAUCAAAGAAGUUGUAAAAGGAUUUACAAAUAUUUUGGAGACCGGUGGACAGUGGAUAAUGAAGAAAAUAUCCAUUUUGGAACAGAUGCCAUGUGAUGCGUUACAAGCACAGGUUGAUACUUCCUCUACACCAGAGGGGCUUCCAUAUACUGGUCUCAUAUCUUCAUUUACAACCUUGCAGAAUCACAUAGUCAUAAGUGACACAGUUGGACAGAGGAUCCUGAAAAUUGAUAGGGAAUCAGGUGUCUUUUCAAACAUCGAGUUUUCAAAUUUUGGGAUCCUUGGUUUACCUUAUUGGUUGUCUUCACCAUUGGAGAGAGUUUAUACAAUUGGUGGACUUUGGGGAGCACAGAUUGAUCAUCUUCAAUGUUUCAGCUUGUUGCCAGGUAGGAUUGACAUACAGUUAAACGUGGAUAUCCCUGUGGAUACAAAGCUAGUAGAACCAUUACAAGAAGGAUGUAUCUGGCGCUGGGCAAGAGGAGCUGCUGCUGAAGUCUCGGUAGUAGAGGUUGAAGCAGGAUCCUCAGAGAAGGUUGGUGUUGCCCAACAGUGGUAUGACGAAUUGGAUAAUCUCGCCUUUUUAACACCUGAACCAGAAUUGACUGUGGAAGAUAAUAAUACUGCUAUGGAUAGUAAGUUUCAAGAUGAGAGAGUUCACAUUACCUGUGCUGUCAAUACAAGUCCUGGAACAAGUGAGGUUAUUAUUUGUGCUGCAUUGUAUCUGAAGCUUAGAAAACCAGAUUUAGGAGAUGACGAUCAGGAUAAACAUGCAGCAAGGAUACUGGAUAUUUUGAACCCAGAUAGAACUGGAAAAGCAGAAAGAGAUUCAUUCAUUCGUAUCUUGUUAAAAUCAAACAGAGAUUUGAGAGACCUCAUCUUCAUUAAACCUCUGCAUGUGAGGGUAAAAUUGGAUACUCUUAAUCACCCAAAAGCUGAGAAUUCAAAGGAAAUCGUUCUAACAGACUCCUCCAUUGAGGUCAAUGUGUCCCUCAACUCAUAAUUCUUGAAGUUGAUAAGUACAAAUUUCUGAUACUCCUACAAUUCAGUUUUGUAGUAAUUUUUCUGAUCUGCCAUGAUUAAUAGUUGUUCUUUCAAUGCUCUAGGGAAGAUUGAAGACUUUGAUAGAUAUACCUGAAUACAGUUGUGGUUUGGCAUUGCACUCUGGUUAAAUGCUUGUGGACUCAGAUUGUUUAAUAAUAACAUCUGGUGUCCCAAAUACCAUAAGUUGACCGAUGGAGGUGUAAUACUCAGAGGUUUCAAAAACAUAAAAUAUAUUGAAGUUUUGUGUUUUUCAUUUUGAUUUGAAGAUGUAAGAUACAGCAAAUCUUUCGCAA